AUGAUCAAACCUCCGUUCCGAUCACAACACGGCGGGUCCGCGCGGCGGACGCGCAUCGUCGCGUGGGCGACGCUGCUCGUGCUGCUCGGCCUCGCGUGGCUGUUCCGGCACGUGCUGUACACGUCGUGGACGCUCGUGUCGCUGCCCGUCAACUGGCGUGACGGGGCCGAGGACUUUGUGCUGUCCAAGGCGCACGACGACUUCGACAUCACGUUUGUCGACUACGACAAGCACCAGCUGUCGGCGGCGCCGCACCCGGACGUGGUGCCGCCGAUCCUGCACCACAUCGCGCUGGGCAAGCGGCACUGGCGCGACGGGUGGCAGGAGACGGUGCAGAGCUGCAUCGACAUGCACCCGGGGUGGGAGGCGCGCAUGUGGACGGACGAGACGGCGUCGGCGUUUGUGGCGGAGCGGUUCCCGGAGCUGCUCGACAUGUGGAACGCCUACCCGUACCCGGUCGAGCGCGUCGACGCGCUGCGGUACAUGGUGCUGUACGAGUUUGGCGGCGUGAUCCUCGACAUGGACCUCAAGUGCAAGCGGGCGCUGGGCCCGCUGCGGCGGUUCGACUUCGUCGCGCCCGAGGCGCAGCCCGUGGGCUUCAGCAUCGGCUUCAUGAUGGCGGCGCGGCGCAACGACUUUGUGGGCGCCAUUGUGCGCAACCUGACGACGUACAACCGGCAGUGGCUGGGGCUGCCGUACCCGAGCGUCAUGUUCAGCACGGGCUGCCACUACGCGAGCGUCAUUCACCUGGGCCAGGCGAACCGCACCAACCUCAAGAUCCUGCCGGGGCCGAUGCACAGCCUGAGCGGGCGCGUGACGACGCCGCUCUUCGACCACCUGGGCAGCUCGUCGUGGCACUCGUACGACGCGCGCCUCAUCAUCACGCUCGGCCACGGCACCAACCUGCUCUUCUUUGUGGGCGUCGGCAUCGCCCUCGCCCUGUUUUGGCGCAGGCGCACCAUCUUGCGGCGGUUAUGA